AUGGGCUCCAUCGUCAUCCCCCACCUCAACAGCGGCUGGCACGUUGACCAGGCCAUUCUGUCCGAAGAAGAGCGCCUCGUCGUAAUCAGAUUCGGAAGAGACUAUGACCCCGAUUGUAUGCGCCAGGAUGAGGUCCUCUACCGCAUCUCCGACCGUGUCAAGAACUUCGCGUCAAUCUACGUCUGCGACAUUGACCAGGUCCCCGACUUUAACCAGAUGUACGAACUCUACGACCCCUGCACGAUCAUGUUCUUCUUCCGCAAUAAACACAUGAUGGUGGAUUUCGGCACGGGUAACAACAACAAACUCAACUGGGUUCUCGAGGACAAACAGGAGCUUAUCGACAUUAUCGAGACCGUCUACCGUGGCGCGAAAAAGGGCCGCGGUCUUGUGGUCAGUCCCAAGGACUACUCCACUCGGCAUCGAUACUAG